GAUGGCAGUAGACAUAAACAGUGGUAAAUAAAUACUGCUUCACCCGAAAAUAACAGUGUUGGCCCAGCACUAGGUCUUAUCACAGCAUUAAUUGUAACGUUUAUGGCCUGGUGAUGGUAGUCUGAUAUGUCCAGCAGCAAAAAUGUGUUUUCAGAAAGAACUGUGAGUAUUGGAUCAGAAAGAGAACUGGAUGACAUACAUCAAUUACAAAACACAUACACAGUACUGCCUUCUUUUAAUUUUAAAAACCAACAAAAGGUAAAAUCAGAAAACAUGACUUCUCAGCCUAAAGAAUCAGACAGAGACUAUUUGUGUGAUAGUCCUUCCCAGCCAGCUGAGGCAGAAGAGAGAUUCAGUAAGGAAGUAAACCAAUGGAAUAUUGAUUCCCUAGGCCUAGGGGAUAACAUUCCUCAAAAAACUGCUGAAUCUUGGGAAUAUGAACCUAGUCACAAAUACUCUGGUGAACCAUCUUAUUUGAAUAGCCCUUCUCGAAAAAAAAGUAAAAAGCACAGGAGAAAAAUUGAAGAAGAUGAGAACUAUACUGCCGAAGAUGAAGGAAAGAGAAAACAUCGAAAAAAGAAAAAAAGUAAACAGAAUGAGGAAUCUUUAGACAGUAAUGGCACAUACACAGUAGAGGCCUUUGAAAACCAAGGAUUUCAUAGUUCAAGUGAUAAACUGCCUCCGAAACCCCCUAAAAGAGAAGUUGAUGCCUUAUCCAUUGAAAGCAAUGGAACCUACACUCUUAAACAGGAAGAAUCAGGUGAUGAAACAGGCAAUAUCUUAAAGGACAGCAUUAGAUCUAUGUUUAAACGUAUGAAAUCUACUGUUAAGAUAACAGAUUUACCCAGCAGACAGAAAAUUUCAUCUAAAACAUUGACAAAUCAGAAAAAGGCAGCAAAUUUCAUAUCAAGUAAAAUUAAACAAAGGGAGUGUAGCAGAUUUGCACUAGAUCAUGAAUCAGACAAAUAUCAUUGUCAGUGUGGCCGGAAUAGAGAAUGGCAUCAGAAUAGAAAUAUUCCAGUGGAAAUAAAAAGGGGAAAAGAAAUUUGGGAUUCUAAAACCCAUACUCAUGAACAGCAAUGUGAUUCAUUUGGUGAAAUAUCAUUUCGAGGAUUUGGUCAUGACACAACUAAUUCUCCGUAUGUCAGAUUAGUCCCAAACACAGACCUUAUUGACGUAUGGGACAUUUUAAUAAAACAUUGGGGUCUACCUGUUCCUAAACUAUUGAUAUCGGUUACUGGUGGAGCUAAGCAAUUUGAAAUGAAAACCAGAUUAAAGUCCAUUUUAAAACAAGGUUUAAUACAUGCAGCUACAAGCACAGGUGCUUGGAUAGUAACAGGUGGUACAGCUGCCGGUGUGAUGGAGUUUGUGGGAGAAGCUGUAAGAGAUCAUAUAUUCUCUACUGGUAAUCCAGAACAAAAUCGGGUUGUAGCUUUAGGUAUAGCAUCUUGGGGUGUUAUCAGCAAUAAUUUUGCUCUGGAUGGUGAAGGGGAUAAAGGUAUAUUUCCUGCUGUUUAUUCAGUACAAGAUGUAGAUGAUUAUGAUAAGAGAAUACCCCUAGAUCAUAAUCACACACAUUUCCUCCUAGUUGAUAAUGGUACUGAAGGAAAAUAUGGAGGAGAAAUCAAAUUUCGUACCAGGCUUGAAAGUUUUAUAUCACAAAAAGUAGAAACAGGAGUAGCUACUACACAAAGUGUUCAUGUACCAUGUGUAUUAAUAGUAGUUGAGGGAGGUAUAAAUACUAUGAAGACAGUUCUAGAAUCUUUACGUAAUAAUACACCUGUAGUAGCUAUAGAAGGUACGGGUAGAUGUGCAGAUCUAAUAGCAUAUGGUUUUAAAUUGACAAAAAACAAAAAUGAUGAAGAUAAAUGUAUAAAAAAUAAAAGGAUUGAUCAAAACUUAACCGACAUGGCCAGAAGAACUUGCUUUGAUAAUAAAAAUAAUGAAAAAAUAAACAUGCAAAUUGCUCAACUUGUAAUAGAAUUAAAAGAAUGUUUAGAGAAAAGACGAUUGUUGAAUGUAUUCAGCCUAGAAAGAGCUGAUGUGAAGGAAAUUGACCGAGCAAUUCUUUAUGCUUUAUUAAAAGCCAAUAAAUCUGAUGCCAAUUCCCAGCUUGCUUUAGCUUUAGCAUGGAAUAGAUGUGAUAUAGCCAAACAAGAAAUAUUUACUCCAUUUAAUCGUAAAAGAUGGGAGCCACGCACCUUGUAUGAUGCCAUGUUAACAGCUCUUGUACAAGACAGAGGAGAUUUUGUUCAACUAUUUCUUGAUAAUGGUGUUGAUUUUCAGAAGUUUCUAACAAAGGCAACACUGAGGAAUCUCUAUUCUUUGUGUAUAAAUGAUUAUAUGGAUGCCAAUGGUGAAAUUUUACGAUAUAUGAUAGGAUAUACACAGCAAACCUGGGCAAAUUAUUUUAUGUGUAGAGACCCAAAAGUUGAUAAUGAUGAUCAAAAUAUAUUAACGAAUGUUAGUGAAAUUCUAGUAAUUCUUAUGAAAGAUUCUGCGAUGGAUAUUUACAAAGGUACAGAAUUUGCUGUGGAAGGUCCAGUAGAAAUGAAGUGGGUUGGUAAUAUCGAAAUUCUGAAUUCUCUUAAAGAAAGAAUAACACAACAAAACCUACAUCAACCAAUCAAAGGAAAAAAGAUGAAAAAAAAAAUAAUAGAUUCUUACGAUUUUGACUUUCCUGUUCGAGAACUUUUUAUAUGGGCAGUACUCUUCAAUAGAAGAAGGUUGGCACAUCUUUUUUGGAAAUUGGGAACAGAUCAGUUGGGUGCAGCCUUAGUAGCUUGUUCAUUAUUGAAGCAGAUGGCUAAUAAAGCAGAACAAGAAGAAGAGUUAGAACUAAGUGUUGAUUUAAAUGAACAUGCUGUAAUAUUUGAGAAACUGGCAACCAAUGUUUUAGCACAGUGUUACAGUCAAGAUAAAAGAAUGGCUCAACAGUUACUGACUAGAGAACAGACUCUGUGGGGUAGAAGAACUUUAUUUCAAAUUGCUAAUCAAAAUACCUUGAUGGACUUUUUAGAACAUUCAUGCUGUCAAACCAAGUUGAAUACCAUCUGGAAAGGAACAAUGGCUUUAUAUACAUCAGAAUUAAAGAUAUGUAUUUGUAUACUAUGUCCAUUGUUGUUGCCUUUUAUUAAAUUCUCAACCCAUAAAACAAUAGAAGAUAUUGUUGAUGAUGAAGAUGAAGAUGACGAGGAUGCAGAAAAUGUGGCUGAAACAGAUUUUAGUGGAUCUCCUUCAGGAAAUAAAGUUGUCCCAGUUGAGGGAUUUACCGAAGCUAAAUCCCGUAAAAGUAUAAAGAUAAAAAAGAAAAGAACUUAUGCAGUAGAUUAUUUUAAAUGUGAUAGAAAUAAUGUUAAUAUCAUUUCAGCUGUUGUCUUCUUCUAUUCUGCACCAGUAUCAAAAUUUUAUACAGGUCUGAUCGCAUAUUUAUGCUUUCUGGGAAUAUUUACAUUUUUUGUAUUAACUGAUCUACGACCUGCUGAUGUUGUUAAUUCUCCAUCUGUGUAUGAAUAUAUAACCUGGGGUUGGUUAUCUACAAUGGUUAUUGAGGAAAUUAGACAGAUAUUUGUACUGGACCAGCCCCCGACGUAUAAAUUACGCAACUGGAUAAGUAGCAUCUGGAAUCGUUUUGAUUUAGCAAUGUAUGUGAUGUUUUUGAUAUCAGUGAUAUUACGCUACACAAUAUUUACUUCUGAAUUUAUUUGGGCUAGAAUGGGUUACAGUAUAACAUUGGCUAUGUUCUAUCUGCGACUCAUGCAGUCAUUCUUUGUUGCCAAAAAUAUGGGGCCAAAGGUUAUCAUGAUAGAAAAAAUGUUAACUGAUCUAUUUUUCUUUUUCUUGAUACUAUUGGUGUUUAUAAUGAGCUUUGGUAUAGCUUAUUCAGCCAAUCUGUAUCCAAAUUCUCAACCGAGCUGGGUCAUUCUAAAAAACAUAAUGUAUAUGCCAUACUGGCAGAUGUAUGGAGAGCUGUUUUUGGAGAGAAUUGAGGGUGAUGAUGAUCCAGAAAGUUGUACCAGAAAUGAAACUAUUUGGAGGAAUGAUUUAUCACUGCGUUGUCCAGAAAAGAAUGCUAUAGUACCAAUAUUACUAGCUGUUUAUAUGAUAUUAACAAAUAUAUUACUGGUAAAUCUACUCAUUGCCAUGUUCAGUUAUACAUUUCAAACCAUUCAAGAUAAUUCUAUGAAAGUGUGGAGAUUCUAUCGUCUGUCGCUAAUCUAUGAACUGUUUGAUCGUCCAGCCUUAGUACCACCACUCAUAAUAUUAAAUCAUCUAUAUCGUUUGUUGAUGUAUCUAGUUAAUUCGACAUGUGGAAGUUUCCAGACUAAAAACGAUUUCAAGGAACAGUUAGAAAAGGAAGAAAAUAUACGUAUGAGUUUAUUUGAGAGAGGUGCCAUGGAGAAUUAUUUAUCACAUUCACUGAUGAGAGAAAGAGAAUUAUUAGAUAAUAAAGUAUCUAGCACUGCUGAAAGAUUAGAAAUGGUGAUUGAUGAACUUGCUCAAAUUAAAGAUAGUGUAUCAGUCCAUGAUUCUUCUACUGAUGUUACAGAUGAUAGUGAUAAACUCAUGCCAAUAGAUGAUAGUGAUAAACUUAUAACUCAACAUGCAAGAUCACGGGUAUCAGAUGAAGUGACUUAUUUACGUCAUUGUUUAGAUGAUUUGACAGAUCAGAUGGGUCGUAAUACGGCUAAACUUAACCAAAUGAUGCACUUAAUGGAAGAUGUAAUUAGAAAACCCAAAUCACACCCUAAAACAAUGGAUUUAGAAAUACAAGAUGCCACCACAGCUUAGAAAUAUUUUAUUUUAUGUACGCAGUUUUGUGAUAUAUAUGAUCUUUUUACCUCAAGAUGUGAAUUUUAUUAUUUGUAAUUAGUGCUAAAUUGUGAUAGUGUUAAUCAAAUGUAUAUAGGCUUGAUUUUUUGUUGGAAGCAUUUAUAAUCAAAAUUUAAAAUCUAGUAUGCACAUAGACUUGAAAAUAUUGCAAAUAAUUCAUCUGUCCAUCCGUGUGUUUACAAUUCUUGUUAACAAGCAAACCAUUAAACAUUUUAAAACGGGUGUUGUUCUACAUCAUACAGAUAGGCCCUAUUAAUAUUGUAUGUAUAUUUUAGACUAUUCAACAGUUUGUAUAAACACAAAUUAUCCUUGUCAAACCCCACCCCUAAAAUGUAUGUUGUGUUAGCAUCCAACACUUGUUCUAUGAUAAAUAAUGAAUGUUGUAAAAGUUAUUCUCUGUGUAAAUCAUCUUUACCCAAGGCUGGAUAAACCAAUUUUUAUUUGCUAAAUAUUUGUGAUCCUUAUAUAUAAUCUUUCAUAACAUUUAUUAAAGGUACAUUAUGUAAGAUUUAGAUAGAGAGCUGACUGUUUCAUUCAAAUUAUUUUAUUCUGAAGUUUUGACAAGAUGUGGCAUAGAUUGUACUUGUUAUUUGAGAUUUAGCCUUACUUCACUAUUUUUAAAUUAAAUGAUUAAAUAGCAACCAUGUUUUAAUUCGUUUAAAUCUCCUUUAAAAAACAAUUCUUGCCAUUAUGUUUAAAAAUUGAAAUAUUUUAUUUUAUAUAAUCAUAAAAAAAUUGAAAUGUAUUGUUUUAUGUGAUAAUUUAAAAUGUUCUACGAAAGUGAAAACAUAAUUAUUUCUACCUCUGUUGCUUAUAGGUUGUCAAAUCACUGUUAUACAAUCAUGGACAUCAUUCUAGCACUUGAAAAAAACAUUCACACAAAAGUUUGAAGUAUUCUCUAUUUGCCUGUGGUACUUUGAAAUUGUAUAAUUUCUUUUUACUGGAAUACAAAGUCUACAUAAUGGUCAUGGGGAAAUCCACCAGGGUUGUCUCGAUUGUCAAGGUAUGUGGUCAGACAUACAUGGAUAAUGAUGUCUUGUUGACUGAGACAACCUGCACACGCAUAUUGAUCUAAUAAUAACACCGCUAGAUGGAAUCGGCAAACCCCAAUGUUGAUGUCUCAAUUUGAAAAGGACAUAUUUGCCAAUAUGUCAACUGAAAAUAGUGAAUUGUAGGAUUAAUAGGAUUAUUGUUUAACAUGGUUGGACUGUUUAUUGAUUCCAUGACAUUUAAGGCUUUAUUUUAAAACAUAUGAUUUUGAAAAAUGCAACUAUCGCUUUAAUAUAAUCAUACGAAAUUGAAAUAGAUUGUUUAAUAUAAGCAUAAUCAUAGAAUAAGUGGCAAAAGUUGUGUCUUGAUCAUUUGAAAAUACUAAUGUUUAGAACAGACAUAUGUAGUAAUUACUAUUAUUCAAUGCAAAUAAAAGUUUUAUACUGUAGGCAUUUAGGUCCUAUCUAUUAGAAUUCUCAAUACUUUUUUAUUCUAUUUACUAAAAUGUAACCUUUUCUAUCAAUAUAAUAUUUAUUCACAGAAUGAUGGUUUAUAUUUAAGAUAGACUUUGCAUCUUUGUGUCAACUUUCAAAUUAUGGAAAAUAAUUGAAUAUUAGAAGAUAAUUGGUCUAGUCAUAAAGUUGAAAUCCGUCCAUAAUUUACACAUCUGUUAUACUAUAUUUUUAUAUUCAUAUAUAUAUGCAGAUGCAUAAUUUUUAAGACCCUGUGUGUAAUUUUAAUACUGUCGUUUUUAAAACAUUUAUAUUCUGUAUGUCUUAAUAUACGGGUCUUCUAAAUCAAUAAAUGUCUUAAACAUGUACUGUUAAAUAUAAAGUA